CAAUCGGUAGGCAUAUUUCAACAUGGAGGACAUCGUAGCUGUAGAGAAGAACCCGGUAUGAAUUAGUGAGAUUGUUUCCUGUUUUCCUCUUAAAAUCGACAAGAGUUUUUGUGGACGACAUGCCAGCAAUACUGACCUCCAGACCUCAGACAGGCCUGUCCUUUCUGGCACCAGAACCAGAAGAUCUUGAGGAUCUUUACAGCAGAUACAAGAAGCUGCAGCAGGAGCUGGAGUUCCUGGAGGUGCAGGAGGAGUAUAUCAAAGAUGAACAGAAGAACCUGAAGAAAGAAUUCCUCCAUGCCCAGGAGGAGGUUAAGAGGAUACAGAGCAUCCCACUCGUCAUUGGCCAGUUCCUGGAAGCUGUUGACCAGAACACAGCCAUUGUCGGCUCCACUACAGGGUCCAACUACUAUGUGCGCAUCCUGAGCACCAUCGACAGAGAGCUGCUGAAGCCCAACGCCUCAGUGGCUUUGCACAAGCACAGCAACGCCCUGGUGGAUGUGCUCCCUCCUGAAGCUGACAGCAGCAUCAUGAUGCUGACGUCAGACCAAAAGCCAGAUGUGAUGUAUGCUGACAUCGGUGGGAUGGACAUUCAGAAGCAGGAAGUCCGAGAAGCUGUAGAGCUGCCGCUCACACACUUUGAGCUUUACAAACAGAUUGGCAUUGACCCACCCAGGGGUGUCCUAAUGUACGGACCUCCAGGUUGUGGUAAGACCAUGUUGGCCAAGGCUGUGGCACACCACACUACAGCGGCCUUCAUCCGUGUGGUGGGCUCUGAGUUUGUUCAGAAGUAUCUGGGUGAAGGCCCUCGUAUGGUGCGUGAUGUCUUCCGGCUGGCGAAGGAAAAUGCCCCGGCCAUCAUCUUUAUUGAUGAGAUCGAUGCUAUCGCCACUAAGCGUUUUGAUGCACAGACUGGAGCUGAUAGGGAGGUGCAGAGAAUCUUACUCGAGCUGCUAAAUCAAAUGGACGGCUUUGACCAGAACGUCAAUGUCAAGGUGAUCAUGGCCACCAACAGAGCAGACACACUGGACCCAGCCCUGUUACGGCCUGGUCGCCUGGACAGAAAGAUUGAGUUCCCCCUGCCCGACCGCAGGCAGAAACGUCUCGUUUUCUCCACCAUCACCAGUAAAAUGAACCUCUCUGAGGAGGUCGACCUGGAGGACUAUGUGGCCAGACCAGACAAGAUCUCUGGAGCCGAUAUCAACUCCAUCUGUCAAGAGGCUGGCAUGUUGGCAGUGCGUGAGAACCGGUAUAUCGUCCUGUUCAAAGACUUCGAAAAAGCUUACAAGACCGUCAUCAAAAAGGACGAGCAGGAGCACGAGUUCUACAAGUAGAGAAAGAAAAAAAAAAUAACAUCCUGAA